GUGCUGGCGGACGAACCAAGCCGCAGAGCCCCCGAGCCCUCGUAACCCGCGCGGGGAGCACCAAGGAUGCCGCGCGGGGACUCGGAGCAGGUGCGCUACUGUGCGCACUUCUCUUACCUCUGGCUCAAGUUCUCACUUAUCAUUUACUCCACCGUGUUCUGGCUGAUCGGGGUCCUGGUCCUGUCCGUGGGGAUCUAUGCAGAGGUCGAACGGCAGAAAUAUAAAACCCUUGAAAGUGCCUUCCUGGCUCCGGUCAUCAUCCUCAUCCUCCUGGGUGUCGUCAUGUGCAUGGUCUCCUUCAUUGGUGUGCUGGCAUCCCUCCGUGACAACCUGUUCCUUCUCCAAGCAUUCAUGUACAUCCUUGGGAUCUGCCUCAUCAUGGAGCUCAUUGGUGGCGUGAUGGCCUUGAUCUUCCGGAACCAGACCAUUGACUUCCUGAAUGACAACAUUCGAAGAGGAAUUGAGAACUACUAUGACGAUCUGGACUUCAAAAACAUCAUGGACUUUGUUCAGAAAAAGUUCAAGUGCAGUGGCGGGGAGGACUACCGAGACUGGAGCAAGAACCAGUACCAUGACUGCAGCGCUCCUGGACCCCUGGCCUGCGGGGUGCCCUACACCUGCUGCAUCCAGAACACGAGAUCGGAUGAAGGGGAUACCUGUAGGUUUUUCAUGUGUCAUAUUGCACCUAGAUAG